AUGGUCACCAGCACUUCUGCCAUUUUGUCGAGCACGACAGGCAGCUCUUCGACUCCAGUCAGCUCUUCGACCAUUUCCUCUGGAACUGUCAUUACCUCUGCUAGUGCGCCUCCUGCUAGCUCGACAGUCCCAACGAGCUCUGUGGCCACGACUUCCAGCGCUGUCGUUUCAUCUAGUUCUGUGGUCCCUCCCUCGUCAGCAACUACUCCUACAGUCCCUUCGAGCUCGGUCACUUUGCCAAUUUUGUCUUCCACAAGCACUCAGGUGAUUCUUUCAACCUCGACCACUCCGUUCUUGCCUCCUCCACCUCCCCCGACUCUGGUCAUCAUCACCACGUCUGUCCCUAGCACAACCACCAUCACAACAAUUGUGUCGACUGGUACGACCGUGACGACAGUGACACUCACCAGCACUAUCGUGGUUCCUACCACCAUUGUGGUUCCUCCUCCCGCUCCAUCAGCACCUACUCCUCCUACACAGACGAACCCAGCUGGGCCUCCUCCGCCACCUGCCGCACCUGCCGCUAGCGGUACGCCACCUGCCGGACCUCCUCCCGCUGGCCCUCCUGCAGCCCCCUCAGCAGGAAGUCCACCAGCUGGCCCUCCUAUCCCAGCAGCGCCUCAGGGUCCUGCACCCACUGCGCCAGCUUUCACAACAGUGGUUAGGCCAAGUGUGCCUGUCAACUCACUGCCAGUUUCUUCACCGUCACUGCCAGCGAGCUCAGGCGCAGGAAAGAUGAUGGCGGUACCUGCUGCACUCAUCGCCGCUCAGUUCAUCCUUUCUGCAUUGUUCUAA